AUGGUCUCUUCAUCGAACACAAUAUCGACUACCAACGCAUCGCCCCCAUUCAACCGGCCCUCGGCCGACAUCAUCUUGCGGAGCUGCGACCUCGUCGAUUUCCGCGUCCAAAGUGGCAUCCUCAUCGAAGCAUCGCCCUUCUUCUCCGACAUGUUUGAGCUUCCGCAACCUCCCAGUAGCGCCGCAGAGGCCACCCCAGUAGUCGACAUGACCGAGGACGCCCAGACGCUCGACCUGCUCUUGCGACUUGUGUACCCCAUCGUGAACCCGCCGUUGGAGGAGCCGAUGCUGAUGCUGCUCGUGCUGAAGGGCGCUGCAAAGUACGAUAUGGCGCUGCCUACGUCCGUCGUAUCGAAGAGACUUUUGGCCAUCACACCCAACAAGACAUUGCAGGUUUGGGCAGCGGCAUGCCAGGUCCGCACGGGCCUCGAGGACGUUGCACGUCAGGCAGCGGUUGCCCUUCGAGCAUCGUGGAAGCACACCGAAAACGAAGCACUAUCGCUCAUGGGCAACCUAGGGGAUAUGUCGGGGAUCUCAGCUGGCGACUACCUCCGGCUGAAGCAGUUCCUCCGGGCUCCGCAGUCUGACAUAGAUGCGGAACGUUUGGCUCUCUUGAGCCCGCCGCCUGAAGCAAUGGCCCGCCCGCCACCCAUCUCCCCGACCCCGUUUUCUACAGACCUGCCGUCACCGGAUGUGAUCUGUCGCUCGUUGCCGCAAGGGGGUCCGGGCUCGGAGCGGUCGUUUGAGGCCCAUCGUCUUGUUCUCUCCAUGCAUUCCCCAAUAUUGAAGACACGUCUGAAUCAUACAGUCGGUGAGAUCCCAUCUCCAAGCGACCCAGAUUCGAAGGAGACAUCAUCGAACGACGCGCUCGCCACACUGGAGCUCGACGAGAAAUCCGAUAUCGUGUCUUUGCUCUUGAAGGCAUGCUACGACGGGGAGGAGGGUCUGCCGGCCGACCUCGACCUUGCGACCGUCGCUGAACUGUUCCGCGCGUCCCGCAAGUACGAGAUGACGCGAAUUGCGCGCCUGGUUUGCGGAGCUUGGGAUAGAGUUGCGGCUCUUAAUCCCCUGGAGGCCUACUUGGUCGCGAUCAAUCACGGAUUGGACGAAUACGCUCGGGCAGCUGCGAAGAACGUGCUUAUGGGACCGAUCGCGAAUGCCUACACCACUGUCAUGGAGGACGCACCAGCCCUUGCCUACCAUCGUUUGCUUUUGUACCACGAUACGUGUUGGGAGGUCAGAAGAGAGCGAUUCAUCGCAUUCGGGAGCCGGAUACUAAACAUGAGCACGUACUACGGAGGAUGGCCGCAAACUUCCGAUGACAACUUCAGAAAAGCCCUUAACGACGCCGGUAGGGCAGCGCAUAGUGCGCCCUCCAAAGGGGGUCCCAAGGACGGACUUCCACAAUUCCUCAUAGAUACGUUGUCGAGAGACGGCGGGUUCCGCCAAUGUGGACUCUGGAGGUGCAUGCAGCCCCUUUUGGAAUUCGUGACUUCUGUCCCGGAGGCAGUGGUGGCUGCGGUCGACGAUGUCCAAAUCACGCUCACAUGAGCUACCGAGCGUUCCCUGCUGGUACAGAAGAGCCGCUAUAUACAUACCACUCAUUUUGUAUGUGUCGAAGAUGUCUAACUCGGAUAGCGCUUGGCGAGUAGC